UUUUAAAAAUUUAUAAGUAUAUACGGAUCCCUUGCUUUAAAAUCAUGUAAGACAUUACCGUGGAAUGUGUUUUCCAAGGUUAAUAAAAAACGGUCUGUCGUUUAAAUAAAACCGCGCGGAAUGCGACACCGACUGCAGCGGGACAUGAACUGUCAAAAAAAUACUACAUUUGACAUUUGAUAAUCGCGUGGAAAUUUUGUGGAAUUGGAGUGUUUUUGUUAUAAAUGUAGAAAUAUUUGAAAAGCAUGCAGAACCAGAGAGUUAAAGCCUCCUCAGCCCAACUCAAAUAUUUGUUUGACUUCAUGAAAGCGAAUCAAGAAUGUUUUGCGGGGCGCGGUAGUGGCCUCCUAGGAAAAUUAGAGAUAGAACGGCAAUGGCAGCAGUUAACAGAAACAUUGAAUGGCAUGGGAGGUCCAGUUAAAUCUGUGGAUAAAUGGAAACAGACAUGGCGGGAUGUACGGAAUAGUCUCAGAAAAAAAGCUACAAAAUAUAAAAAAGAAGUCAAAUGGGAUACUCCGGGAGGCACUGGCAAUGGGCCGUCACGACUGAAUUCAGCGGAGACUAGGAAUCUGAGAGUUACUGCUGCACCUCCUGCGGUACCAAACAAACAGAAAGACAAAGAAAUUAAUUUGUGUGCCGAAGCAAGUAACAGCACUUCUAAUCCUUUAGAUAAACCUAGAAUAAUAUUCCGUAAAUUAGUAAAAGAAAAAUUGGCUACUGCUGAAUCAAAACGAGAAUUAAUUAAAGAAGAAUUAGAGGAAAGAAAAUUAAGAAAGCAGAUUUUAAGAGAAGAGUUGCAAAAUAAAAGAGAGUUACAUGAAUUGGAGAAGAAAGAAAGACUUUUAAGAUUAGAGAUUUUAAGGACAGAAUUAAGAAAUAAGAGAAACUAGGUAGCAUCUACCUUUAUGUUAAACAACAUUAUUUUAAAUAAAUAUAUUUUCUGUUUCAUAAU